AUGUUCGACCGCCUUACCAAGACCGCUGGUUUUCCCUGGGCUAUCCGCGCUAUAGGUUUCGUCGCUUUAGCCGCUGCUCUCCUUUCCAUUCCCGCUCUGCUCUCUGGCUCCGCGUGGUUGAAGCAUAAGCGAAAGCGUCGUGCGCUCUUCGAUAAGUCAGCGCUCCAUGACCGUCUCUUCCUCGUCUUCACUGCGUGCUCUUUCAGCACUUUCCUCGGCUACAUUGUGCCUUACUUCUAUAUCCCGACGUAUGCGCGCGAACGUCUCGGCAGCUCGGAGAGCACGGCGCUGUAUAUGCUUGUGUUGGCUAUAGCGGGCAGUUUCUUCGGGAGACUGGUCAGUGGCGUCGCAGCGCAUUGGGUUGGGGCUAUCGUCACAUGGGGAAUUUGCGCGUUUGCGAGUGGGUUGUUGGCACUGGUUUGGAUUAGUAUAGAGACUGAGAAGAGCUUUAUUGCUUUCAGUAUACUGUGGGGUUUCUUCUCGGCGGCUCUGGUAACCGUACCGUCUGCGGCCUUUGCAAACAUCACACCCGAUCUUUCGCGGUUGGGGACCAGGCUAGGCAUGAGUUGGAGUGUGUCUAGUAUUGCUACGCUUAUCGGUGCGCCGAUUGCCGGGGCUCUACUCAAGAAGACGGACGGGCGCACCAAUUUCAUUGGGGUGCAGGUUUGGAGUGGCGCUUGUUUGAUGGUGGGGACGGGUUGGUUGGUGGUGCUUUGGGUUGUUACUGUGAAGUCGCAGAAGAAGGGUUGGAGAGUUUAG